GUUGAGAUCUAUCUUGUCUUCGAUUGUAGCCGUCGAUUGCUCGAGCUCAAGUGAGGCGACUUGGGGCAUACCAUUGCAUAAAUUAUCAUCUAGCCCAAAUUUCAUCUGUGAGAAGUCAGAUCAUCUGGCGAAAUUCUUCAUUCAUGGCUUUACAAUUGGUUGAUUGGCCGUCAGCCAUGACAUUCCAGCAGUCUCUCAUCCGGUUCUCUUCAGCGUAUGCUCUGGGUUAUGUCUCUAAUGUCAGCCCAAAGUUGUCUAAACUGGCAGUUGCCCAGAUUCGCGGGAAACAAGACAAAUCUGUCGCUUUUUCAAAAGCAUAUCAAAUUUUGAUUGCAGCGCUGGGCCCGAACCGCUUUCCUGCGUUUUGCGGGAUUGUAAUUGGGGGCUCGACGAGUUUUCAAAUACCAAUCUAUCGUUGGCUCGCCCAAUUGAACUCCAUUGCACAGAGUCAAAAUAGACGCUUAUCGAUCGUAACCAUUGCUCGAUUAGCCCGUUUUGUGGCGGCCUUUAUAGCUUCUUGGUUGGGCAUUCAUCUCUUAAACUCCAGCAGAUCAUUGUCUGCGAGCCGGCAGAACGUUGCGUCGAAUGAAAUGCACUGCUCAUCAACGAAUAUCAAGAAUGUCGAGAAGAGCAACAAUCAGCCGAGGUCCCUCGUGCCCGAAGAUGGAAAGACUAUUGAUUUAACACUAUUCGCUAUCACAAGAGCUGCCGAUGUCAUCGUUGGAGAAAUUUGGAGUCGAUUUCGUUCAAAGAAAAUGACACGCAAGCGGGAGCGCCUUCUUGACUUCAUCGGAAGCAGCAUUGACGCCGGUAUCUUUGCUCUCAGUUCUGGUACUAUUAUGUGGACAUGGUUUUAUCAGCCACAUCGGCUCCCCAAGUCCUACAACCAAUGGAUCAGCGAGGCGGCCCAAAUUGAUCCACGGCUUAUAUCUGCUUUACGAGAAGCCCGAUAUGGGUCAUUCACGUACGGACGGGAUACCGGACAUGCAGCCUUACUGCAGAGCAUGUGUAAGGAUUAUGGGUGGCCCCUGGAAUGGGGAGAUCCGGCCAAGUCGAUUCCCAUCCCUUGCGAAAUGGUUCAUAUGGGCACGGGUCCAAGCUGUGAGAAGCAUAGUCUGGUGAGAUUUGGUAGAGCAUUCAAAUUUGCCUUGGCAACAUAUCUGCCACUCAACUUGCUUGUCCGGGCAAGGUCCACGCCAUCUCUACGGACUCUCCGAAGAGCCUUGCGAGAUGCAGUCCGUUCGUCUACUUUCCUUGGUGCUUUCGUUGCCAUCUUCUAUUAUUCAGUAUGCUUGGCGAGAACCCGUCUUGGUCCCAAGGUGUUUAGUCACAACACUAUUAGCCCAUUGGCUUGGGACUCUGGGUUGUGUGUACGAGCCGGAUGCAUCCUAUGUGGGUGGAGUAUUCUGAUUGAGGCCCAACGGAGGCGGCAAGAGAUUGCCUUCUUCGUAGCUCCGCGCGCUUUGGGGACUCUGUUCCCCCGACGUUAUGAUCGAAAGUAUCAAUGGCGCGAGACCUUGGCUUUCGCCCUCAGCACAGCCGUAGUCUUUACGUGCGUACAAGAGAAGCCAGAAAGGGUGCGGGGAGUCUUGGGAAAUUUGUUAAAAAAGCUGCUCAGCUCCCAGCCCAGACGCAUGGUUACACCACAUUAGCUGAUCCCACAGUGAAGAUGAUUCGCUCCAAUUAGGUAGGAGUACUCGCUCAGGGAUCAUGGAAAUCGAGAAUCAUCGAGCUGAAGGAGAUUACCCACAAUCUUGGGUGAUCAAGGAUCUUCGUGUGCUCGUCUUUAAGAU